CUCACUACACAUUAGGCUCAGUGUGUGACAUGACGCGGGUGGGAGUGGUUGUGUCGCUCGUCGCUCCGCUAACAUAGUGUAGUUUUUGACCAAUUUGGCUGUAAACUUGCCAGAGUCUACGAGUUUACCUUGACACUGGUGGUGCAGUGGAGUGGGAAACAAUUGCGAGUGAAUAGUGUGGCCAAUUAUGCCAAAUAUUACGUAAUUUAGGGCAUAUUGGUCUUGUCCUUGGGGAAGAUGGCGGCGGAGAAGAGAGUGUUGUGGGUGACCAUUAUGGUGCAGGUCCUCCUCCUCCUGCUGCUGCUGUGUGGGGCCGGGGCCGCCGCCGCCAGCUGCCCCCACGUGUGCAGCUGCCUGGGGGCCAUAGUGGACUGCUCGAGGACGGGCAUCACCACGGUACCAGCAGACAUCCCAGACUGGGUGGAGAAGCUGGACCUGAGCCAGAACAAUGACCUCAAGCUCACCGCCGGAGUCUUCGAGAACCUCCCCGAUCUUACCACUCUGUACCUGAAGAACAUGGACUUACAAGUGCUGCCCACCCUCGGUUACCUGCCAUCUCUCAAGGCCCUCUAUCUGAGCGGCAACAGUCUGUCGUCGGUGGAGGAGGUGUCGCUGGCGGGGCUGCCCAACCUGCAGGAGCUGGACCUCUCCAGGAACCGUCUAGUCUCCCUCAGCCCCAAGCCCUUCACUAACGUCACUCUCAUCAAGCUGAACCUGAGUAAGAACAUGAUCGCUCGACUGGAUGCAAGAUCGUUCCGUACACUUGGUUCCCUGGCUGAGCUCAAGUUGUCUCGGAACCUGCUCACCCCAGCCACAUUCAACCGUUCUGCUUCCAUCUUCACCAACCUCACCAACCUCCGCUCUCUAGACCUGAAUGGGAACCAAUUACACCAGCUUGAAGGCUUGAUGUUCAAAGAUCUCAAGAAACUUAAAAUUCUUAAGUUACGACGUAACGAAAUAACCACCUUCAGCGACGGUGUCUUCUAUGGCUUGGAAUCCAUUGAGAAACUAUUUUUGGACUACAACAAUAUAACUACAGUGUAUGCAGGAUGGCUGUUUGGCCUUAAGUCCCUCGGCCAUUUGUCUCUUGAUUACAACCAGAUUGACUCGGUCCGACCCAAUGCUUGGCAAUCUACAGAAGGACUGAUUUCCCUAGACUUGUCCCAUAACCGUUUGGUGUCACUGAGGGAAGGAACAUUCAGGGGAUUAGGUUUGCUGACGAAACUGAAGAUAUCGCACAACCACCUUGCCCAUAUAGAGCAUAACUCAUUUGAGUCAACUUCUAGUCUUCUUGCUCUGGACCUUGGUCAUAAUCAGCUUCAUUGGAGUGUAGAAGACAAUGGUGGAGCAUUUAGUGGACUGGGUAACCUUGAGACACUGUCAUUGGCAUAUAAUGGUAUCGAGACUGUGCAUGUUGACACAUUUGUCUCACUAGUGGCUCUCAUGUCUCUUGAUCUACGAGGAAAUCAGCUUCGUUCCUUACCUCAUAACCCUUUCUCAGGGCUGAAACAUUUAACUUAUGUGCAGCUGAAUACAUCUAGUCUUGUUUGUGACUGUCACCUAUCAUGGCUGCCUGAAUGGAUGGCAGCUAUCACUUUCAAUUCCUCCUCCUCUAUGAUCGCCUCGUGUAAUUAUCCACCUGCUCUUAUAGACCGGCCUGUAUCAUCCCUCUCGGAUAGUGAUUUUAGCUGCGAGUCAUCACCUCGACCCAUAAUCAGUCAGUCUCCAAAAGAUCAGAUUGUGUUGCAUGGUGCUAAUGUGACGCUGACAUGUGUGGCUCAAGCUGGUGCAGCUGGGAGUCAACCAAAGUUCAUGUGGCGGAAGGACAAUCAACUAUUGGUAGAUUUACAGCCCGAAACUCUAAUAAGCGUAAUUGGAGGCGACGGUGAAGGUGGCGCCAUACACAAUGUAACUUCUUUGCUUCAUUUGCACAAUGUUUCGGAUCAGGAUAGGGGUGAAUACCAGUGUUUUGUACGAAAUCACUUUGGAGCGAGUUACUCUAAACGUGCCAACAUUCAGGUUCACGUGUUUCCUUACUUCACUAAAACACCAACUAGUGUGGCUGUACGCAUGGGAGAGGUAGCCAAGCUGGAAUGUGUUGCUAAAGGUUAUCCAACUCCUGAUAUAUCCCUUCUGAAAGAUGGAGGGGACGAUUUUCCAGCAGCUCGGGAACGACGAAUUCACGUCUUCUCCAAUGAAACUAUCUUCUUUAUUAAGCCUGUACAACCUCAUGAUGAGGGCCAGUAUACAUGCAAGGCCACUAACGCAGCAGGUACAGCUUCAACACACGCCUCUGUAACAGUACGACAGAUACCAGAAUUCAUUAAACCAUUACAAGAUGAAGUUGCUCGACUUGGAGAUAAUGCUCUUCUUGAAUGUCAGGGUACUGGGCUGCCCACACCAAAGGUGGUCUGGAGCAAGAAUGGCAUUCCACUGGUAGACGAUCGUCGCUACGUGUUGGUAGAGAAGAGUCGAUACCUGCUCAUCAAAGAGACACAAAUGGACGAUGUUGGAACUUACGUGUGUGAAUUGACCAACAUUCUUGGUACAGCACGAGGACAUAUUAAUCUCGCCAUAAGAGACAUGACAAAUACUUCAACAACAACUGGUAUUGUGGUUAUAGCAGUGGUGUGUUGUGUAGUUUUAACAUCCCUAGUUUGGGUGGUCAUCAUUCACCAGACCAGAAAGCGAGCUCAAACUACUGCUUUGGGUGGUCCCUCUGGGUACCCAAGGGAAGACGGGCUUGGUCGGUACCCAUCUCACCUGCCUGCACACCACCACUUGCCUCCAGACCUUGUACACACUUUCACCCCACUCUUAGCAAAUCCUCCCGAGACUUACACCAUGGCACAGGAUAGCGGCUCGGAACAUUCCAGUGGCAAAGAUUCGGGAACGGGAGAUUCUGCUCAACGGUCAAGUGAAGACUUGCUUCCCUUAGAUCUCACUCGACCGGGUCUCCGCAGAUCGUUGAUCAUUUGUGCAGAUUCGGGAACGGCUUCAGUCAUAAGAGGUGUAAGUUCUGGUCCAGGUGAAAUAAUUGGGUGUGAGGAGGUAAUGGGUCGUCCGAGACUCUCUACCUUUAGUCCCCAGCACCUGUCACCAGGAGGAUACAGCCCUAACCUCUACACUGCGAGCCUUCGACGAGGCUCAAAUUCUCGUCUUCUUCCCGUGUCAUCGCCUGUAACUCCGUCUACAACCUUACCUCGUGGUCAGCAUUUAUGCCAUACUAAUUCUUCUACACAAUCAUCAGUUGCCUCUCCAUCUGACACUUCUGCAAGGCAAGGUUAUCCACAGCUUGUUCAAGCUGCUGUGGAUAACCUUGGGAACAGUCAAAAUAAAGACCAGUGCUGCCAUAGUCCUGAAGUGGCUGCAGGAGAAACUUUGGUGAAAAAUAAUAGUGAAAGUAACGCUCAUAACCCAAGAACCUCAGUGUACAGUGUUGGGGAUGGAAGAAGUAAACUGGAUUUAAGGACAGAUAAUGCUAAUGGAAAAGUUAUUAACAGCAUUCCUCCAAAGCAAACUCUGGAGUCCAGAUAAUGGUCACUAGUGCAAAUUAUCUAACACUGCAUCUCCCACCACAACUUUUAUCUUGUCCAUAUUUGUAAAAUAUUUUUGCCAUCAUUCCAUACAGAAGAUAAAAUUCUUAUCCUUAAACUAAAUGUUGAGAAAUUGGAAUAGAUGUACAGUAGAUGAUAUUUAUGGUUAAGUUAUAAAAUAAAUGGUGGGCAGGUGGAGUUAAGUAUGUUAAGUACCUGUCUGGUGCCAUAGUUGUUCCAGUGCUGCCAGUGUUAAGCUGUACAAAGUUCUCAACUUGUAAAUGUCUUACUGGUAUUUUAACUCUCCAUUACAUUUGGGUCUUUAGCCCUCUUCAACAGAUUGUGGUUAGAUUACCUUGUUGCAGGGUGUUAUCUGGGAGCGAUGAGCCACCAGCAGAGAUGACCAGCAUGUGCAGGACACAGGCAGUGAGGUGGUACACUAUGGGGUCUCCCUUCCCUGUCUUUGAGUCGGGGCUGAAUGGCAGCAUCUCAUAAUGAUGUACUGGAGAACCUUUUUCUCACGAAUACAUACAUAUUUCAUCAUUUAUUUUAUUGGGAAUAUUUAGACCAGACCAAUUUCCCAUUAAAUGUGGAUUUGCUCAUUGAAAAGGAUGAUUCCAGAUAACACCCUGACAUAUUCUGAGUUUAUAAAAUUGAUAUCACACUUGCAGUGAAUGCUAUCAUAUAGUAGAAUGUGAUAGGUUUUUAUUAAAUAAAUUAGUAAAUCCCUAACAAAUGGUAUAGCAACAAUUGACAAGGUUAGCGGUACGUAAGUAUAAUUUGGACAAAUAUCAUACUUGAGGGUUCUUUCUGCUCCAUAGUCAAGGACCUUUAAGGGUUCUUUCUGCUCCAUAGUUAAGCCCAAGUCUUGGCUUCAAAAAUUUACAAUUUAACUAUCUUUUGUUGUUACAUGGAUGAACUACCCAUAUGAAUAGUGCAACUUAUUUAGUGGUAACAGUUAAUGAUAAAUGGGAAAAAUAACAGGGUGAUGUGACCAGAAUUAUUUUCAAUUCUUUCUCUAGCCUGUAAAGAGGUUCAUUCAUGCAAGACUGUGCUCUGUGAGCACACUCGUAGUCACGUACCACUUCUAUUCACAUAGGUGUACUAUAGACUUGAUCCGUAGAGGAAGCCAGCUAAAUGCAUUUUCCAUAAUAUGAAGGGAUUACCAGUACCUUGUAAACAUUUGUGGUGCAUUAUUAGCUUAUUAGGUUUUAUUUUCAUAUAUUGUAGAAAAACUUCAGCUGUGUUCCUUUAGAAUAUUUUUAUAUUUUAUUUACCUAGGGACAAUUCUUGUGCUUCAUAGAGAAUAUGCAGUUGCUUAAUAGAAUAAUUGCAAUGGUCAUGAAUGGAAAUGUCAAGAGUUGUUAUAGUGUAUUCAUCAUAGGGACCCAGUGUGUUUAAACCAAGUUUUCUCUCCCUAGAGCACUGCAUUAUUUGUUCCUAGUUGUUAUGAAGUUCAAAUGCUGCAAGCAUGUGUUGUGAAAUAGGUUAAUAAAAUAUGCUCAGCCAAGCAUUAAGAUGAUAAUAUUUCAGGCAUUUAUACACAAGCAAAUUAGUGUACAGUAUUGUAAGUUUAUUUGAAACUAGUCACCCAUUGGACAUAAGCAGUUAUUAUGUCACAACCUUAUAUUUAAUUGAGUGUUUCUGAAAUUAGUUAAGAAAUUAAAAAUAUAAUCUAAUUUAUAAGUAUUAGAAUGUUAUGUGAAUGUUAAUAUAUGAAACGUGUAUAUAAACAUCACGUUUGCCAUGGCAAAAAUUUCAACAUUACGGUGUAAACACACUUGAUGACACAUUAUUUGAAAGAAAUGGGUUAAUUUUUUAGAACAUCAUUAUUUAAGCAUUUAAUUUGACAGUAUCAACUAAAGAACUUCAAACUGUUGAAAUCUAAUCAAUACACCAUUUGUUAAGCCUGUGAUACAAUAUUUUUUCUAUCACUUGUGGCUUUUAUACAUAAAUAUUAUAUUGAAAGAUGUAACCAAGUUAGAGGGCAAUAAAAUACAAACUGAAGACUGUUACUUAUUCAGUUUGAAAAUUGAGAAAUUGGUACAUGAAAUAGAUUUUUACCCUAAAAUGUAUAGAAAGUGUCCAGAAAGCACCUAGUAAACAUGUACAAAUAUUAUGUAUUAAUUCAAAACAAAAUUGCUAGAUACAUAAAUUAUGAAGUUCAUUAGGUUUUGUGACAGUAAGUUUAUUAGUUUAUUCAUCCAUUAACAUUAAGAAUGGUUCACAAGAUAAAAGUGAACGAGAGUUCACAUUACAUCCUCAUUUUUUCCUAUCUUAAUGGUAAAUACCAUUAGUUUGUCUUUGUAAAUGUCACAUUUUAAAGAAGUUUUGUUAAAAAGCUUUGUUAGAUAGUUUUAUUUUAAAUUCUAAACAAUGCAGAGACCAUCUUUUAUUACAAUGGCAUAGUAAUUGCCAUUUAGGGCUAUAGUUGCCUAUUCUAUAUAGGCAACUAUAGUUGCUUGCAAGGGAUAUUAAUGACACUGGUACUAAAAAUAUACAGCAUUUGUACACAAGUUGCUCUCCACACACAUACAAGAACAUAUUGUGUGAUAAUAGAGCCAACUCUUCCAUUGUGGGGGAAGAAAAGGCUCAGAGAGGACAUGUAAAUACCCUGUAAAAUAAAAUAUUUUCAGGAAAAGAAAGUAGACAGAGACGAGCAGCUUGAAAGAUAGUUCGACCAGGACAAGUGAGCACAUUUUGCUUGGAAAAAGGCAAACAUAGCUCCACUCUGCAAAAAUAGUAACAGAAGACCCCUCUGAAUUAAAGACCUGUAUCACUGAAAGAAAAUAUAAUUAUAACAAAAUGGGUAGAAUACCCGGAAACAAAACACAACAGACAGUAUGGUUUUUGACCGAGAAGAUGCUGUGUAACAAAUUUACUUUGUUUUCGUGAUAGCUAGAGAUCUUAGAGUUGGGGAAGAUAAGAGACUUGCAUGAUUGCAAAUGCUUUUGAAGAUGACCUGGACAAAAUAAGUGAAACAACACUUAGCAGAUAGAAGUCAAUGUGAAUAAAUCCCAUAUUAUGGAAUGUGGAAUAGGAGAAUAUAGGCCACACAAUCUACAAAUUGUGUGAAGAGGUUUUACAGAAAACUCAGAGAUUCAGGGGUGGUUCUGGACAGUAAGCUGUCACCUGAGGACCAUAUACAAGAGAUUGUGUAAUGAGCCUAUGCUAUGCUUUCCAAUUGCUAGCUGCUGCCAGUGUUUUCUAUAUGAAUGGAGAGACUGAAUUAACAGUAGUGACAUAUCAGCUGGAGGUAGUGUCACGAGGCAAAGUAGUGCAGUUGGGCCAUCACCUCAGAGGCGCUGUUUAAGACUGCUCGGGUAUUAUGACUGGUAGGCAGCCAUGCGAAAUGAUUAUGCUCGAUAAUUAAAGUAUUUUGUGUAUAUUGCACAAGAUUUACAGAGACUUUGCUGAGUAUUAAUUAAUUUAUAUAAUAAACAUUGAGUAAAAGGCACCUAUUAUAGAAUUAUAAGCAAUUACAAUAUAAUUUUUUGGUACUUCAUGUUCUGGGAAACUGAACAAGGGAUGCCAUAUGGUGGAAAAUAUGUUGGAUUUUGCUGCCUGUAUGUACAUGUACAAUAUAGUUAUCUUUGCCCCCAAAAGGAAAAUUGCACAUCUAGUGGUUAUUUGCUGGAUUUUUAACACCUUUCAAACAUUUGAGUCUUGGAUACCAGUGUGUUGUUAGCUGGGGAAAGUGUGGAUGUUUCAGUGCACAGUAAAUUACAAAUGCAUUUAUGCUUACAUUUCAUGAGUUUUUCAAACAAUAUAAUUUUGUUAGAAAUAAAAGUUAUUUUUUUUUAAGUUUUUAGAGAAAUUUAAAUAUAAUAAAAUUAUGCAUUUCUUACCCUGAAUAAGAAUUUACCACCAUUACAAGCUGGGAAUUGGUCAUUGCAGUGUCACUUUUUAUGGCAUUGUGAAGCUAACAGAAAAUGUGAGCAAAUAGGCAGUUUGUGAGUAGUGCUUGGCAGUAUUAACUGUUGUCUUGUGAACGUACUGACACAGGAAUUUCAAAGAAUUGGAGAUUUAAUAUUAUGUACAGUAUUUAAGUAAACAAUGAGGAUGAUAAAUAUUUGAUGAAAAAAAUGGCAUUCUUAAGAUUUAUAAACAUAUGUAUAAUUUGUAUGUAGAUUGUUGAGGUUAUUAUACAUGGUUGUGACAUAUUAACAGUUAUUUGUAAAGUUAUACAAAUUGUGUUGUUUCUUCAUGUCUUCAGUCUUUUGUAACAGUUAUAAUUUGUUAAAUAUUUUUUGUUUUAUUGUGCAGAAGAUUUUAUUAUUGACUUUGAGUUUUUAUAUUGUCAAUGCAACGAGUCCGAGAAUCUACCAACAUAAAAGUACUAUUGUGUUAGGAAGCCUCCACUAAGAGUGAAGGGUUUCUCUAGCACAAUACUCAGGAUGGGAAAUUUGUCUUGCAUUGUCCCCUUUCUUCUCUUUACUAAUAAUCCAUCCUUUAUGCAGCUUGAACAUUUCAUUAUUAAAUUUGUGUAUAUACA